AUGUUUGAUCCUCCAAAGAAGCAUUCACCUCUAGGAAAUGGUGCUCCAGAGAAUUCCCUACCGUCCCAAUCACCCGCUUCUAUCCCUUACAGUUCAUCUUGUCCCUCUUUGCAAGCUCGUCUUCCAACACCUAGUGAUUAUGAGUCAAGUUAUAGUUCUCCAGGUCCCUACUAUACUCAGCCUCUAGUUGCAUUUCCUCCAACUCAUCAAACUUCCCUGUACUUACCCCAACAACUGCAGCGUUGGCAAGAACAUGGAGAUGAGCAUCGUCCCCAGAAAUUGCCGAGCCCAGAGCAGGUUGGUCGAAAACAAUAUCUGGACAAACAUGAUCUUCCAAGCCCGGAAACUCUCCAUCAUCUCGAUAAACAACCUUCAGAUUUGGUCACAUGUCCUACGCCACAUCAAGAAUCGGAAUAUACUAAUUUACAAAAGAAGCCGAUGAAAGAGAGGAUUCCUAACCAAUUAGAGGUUCCAGUUCCAGAAAUAUAUGAUCCUGUUCCAACAAAUAAUCGAAACAACUGCGAACAACGGAAAGAAAAUAAGCAGUUACAAACUCAACCGAUUCCUCGGCCUUUUUCAGAAGAGUAUCCACCUGGACACGAACCUCCUCGUUGUGCUUGCUGUAGCAUCUUAUGA